GUACGCGCUUAGUUGCUGCGAUACUCGAUCCACGUGACGGCCGUCGAUCGAAGUCGUGCCUUUCGAGUCUCGUUCGACGCUUUCGUUCCCGCGCUUUCGAACCCGAGCUCUCGCGGAUUUGCGUACGUGUUUGUGCACGCGUGUGUGUGUGUCCGUUCGCCCGAUAACGAGAGCGAGUCGAGAAAGGAAUAGGAAAAAAAAGGGGGACGCCGUGAAAGAGCCACUCUUCGCCACCGGCCUCGUACUUGUACACUUGUUCGAAAAGAAACAAGAGCGGAGAAAAGGGAACGUAAUUGAUCGAUUAAUUAGAUCGAUAGACGAUCCGAAAAACGGAGCGGUUCGCUUCGAGAUUGAAUACAUCCAGGAUAAAUAGAUAAACAGCUGAUCCGGCCGCGUGCUCUUCUGCCUACGGGCGUGUCCGCCGAUCGGAGCACAUGCACAAAAAUGCGUGCACGCACGUAUACGUGAUAGCGUGCGUUUCGCGAGAGCGACCGCGUCGACGGCGUCGCCGGCGUCGGGAGUGAAAAGGCGGUCGACCGCUUUGGCUGCUUUCACCGACGAGGCGCGCCAGGUGGAAUUGACGCUGGCGAUCGCGCUUUAACGUUCCGUUUCGUCGUCCGUGCCUUCCUUUUCUCUUUCUCCUCCUCGUCGCGCGAAAAAUGGCGUUCGUCCGUCGUCGGUAAUCAUCAUCGAAUACAUUUCUCCGACGAUUAUCGAAAGGCUACGAUAAGGAUAUUGCACCUUGCAGUAUCCGAGUAUCCACCGCGCGAUUUAUCGAAAAGCGACCGAGUGCCGCGAGAGAUUUCCUUUGGUGUUUUCAAAGUUUGCGGACACCGCAGCGUAACCUUCAGCAACCUCGUGUACAAUAAUAUUGAAUUGUAUAAUAUAUUGAAUCAACCGCAAGACACUCGUGGCGUGUAUUCGUUCGCGUGUAUUUAAAAUCUCACUGAGAUUUGCUUACGGUUGCCCGAUCUGUGGAUAUCUAAUCUGUGAGAAGCGUUAUCUCCGAGCGACUAAUCCGGUCAACGCCUUCGUGACGAAAACGAAUUCUUGAGAACUAAUCUGGUAAAAUCGGUGGAUAUAUACGUACUCCUGUACCCAUCGUACGGUUCUUCGAUCCUCUGCUGGCGUACAAGAUAUAUACGAAGAUAUCUCUUCGCGAAAGAGAGCGAUCCUUUCGAUGCGGAUUCACUUUACCCUCUGGCCUUCGACGACCUCGCGACCGUAAGACAUUAACCUGGCAUUAGCGAUCGACGGGGAAAUUAACAUCUCUCAACGCCGGUCGAUGUGUAGUCAAGUAGUAAAUACUUAAUCUAGACGCGAGUCGACCUUCGACGUGACCCCGAUACAAGAUACGAGAGCUCGACGCUCUCUGCGAUGCGCAGAUUGUGAACUCGUUCGUCUUAAGGACGACGUUGGCCGUUUAGAAUGGAGACAGCCAAGAUGUACAUCAGCAACGAGCCGCAGAACGGUCACACGACCACCAAGUACGCCUCGACGAAUUCCAUCCCGGCGAUGAUGGAACAGGAGUCUUCGUUGGCGAGAAUCCUCGGGGCUGUCGGCCGGCAACGCGAAAACGCGGCGAUUCUGCGGGAGUCCUCCAAGAGUCGUCGGCACAGCGUCCUCGAGGAUCUGAAGGCUCGACGGGACAGCCUCUUUCAGAGGGCUCGUCGAGCCAGCGUGUUCGACGAGAAGGACAACAACGCUAAAGACAUCGCCAAGAACAGUGCCAAGGAUAAUAUCAAGGAUAAUACCAAGGAUAAUGCCAAGGAUAACGCCAAGGACAGUAAUGCGAAAGACAAGCCGAAGGACAAGAGGAGGAGCAGCGACAGUGGCAGAAGGAAUUCCGUGUUCUACGUGUCCGAGGAUCUGCUGGAGGAGAAUCAGGAGAUGCCGGAGAACGAGAAUUGCGACCGCACGGUCCAGGAAGCCAAGAAGGGACGCCGCAAGUCCUGGCAUCCGCUUGUUAAGCCACCCAAGUUGGAUAGGAAGAGGAGGAAGGGCGUAUCCGGUAUUCCCUCGCAGACCGGCAGCACGGAGGGGCUUUAUUCGCAGAAUUAUUCGCGUCAGAAGAGACCGUCCUGGUGGAACAUCUUUGUACCGGAUUCGGUUGUCAGGUCCAGGCGAAUGUCUCAGGAUGUCACCACUUCGAAAUCAACGGAGAACCUCUCAAUGUCGUAUUACAGGAGCAAGAGCCGUAGCGUGGAUCAUGGAUUUACAGCACCCUUCGAUUUGGAUUCUUUGCGGAACAAAGUUGAAGGACGCUUCGAAUCUGUGGAUAAGCUCGCGAAAGAUUCCGAUAACGAGAGCAAAGAUGGUUCCACGACGCAGGAGAAGAAGCACGGUCGCGUCUCGCAGCCCAUCAACACCAUUGCCUACACGGUGGGUGACAGAGACACACUUACGUCAGUGGCGGCGCGAUUCGAUACGACGCCAUCCGAGCUGAGCAAAUUGAACAGGCUCGGAAGUACUUUCAUCUAUUCCGGUCAGCAAUUAUGGGUUCCAACGAAAGGAGAAGGACGCCCUGGAGGCGGAUCGACCGCCGAUGCGCCCAGUCCUGAUCCUUGUCACGAUCAUGAGUCUCAGGACGACUUACCACCCGAGGAGAAAGAACUUUUGGACAAUUUAAGACCAGUAUCACCGAAACCAGGCCAUAUGGAGCGUGUAAAGACACCUCUUGGAACUUCCAGUGGAACUACAGAUGAUGAUGAGCAACCAUUUAGAGAAAGAUUUUUGAAAAUCAAUGUUAGGCAUAUCACAGAUGGCCAGGGUGUAGUUGGUGGUGUAUUGUUGGUCACGCCAAAUGCAGUCAUGUUUGAUCCUAAUGUAUCUGAUCCUCUUGUUAUUGAACAUGGUGCUGAAUCUUACGGAGUGAUUGCUCCAAUGGAAUUUGUAGUUAAUGCUGCAAUUUAUUAUGACAUUGCACAUAUGAGAGUUUCUCAUACUGAGUCCGGACAUUUGGACAAAAAACCCGAGAUUUAUUAUAUGAAAAAACCCCAAAUAGAUAAUCGUAAAUGUCAAUCUCCAGGAAAGGAUGAGAAUUUUCCUGAAUUAGCAGGUGAUGAUAGUGAGAGUGUAUGUAGUUGCGCAGAGAGAGAUGGUGAUGCUUUUCCAAAGGCCUUUGAGAGAGAACUUGUAACUCCCACCAAUCUCCAAAGUGAGGAGAAUUCAAAUUCUAUCAAAGAUAAAGAGAAAGAAAAAGAUAGUAAUGAUAAAGAAUUUUGCAGUGGCGGCCAAGCUAGUAGAACAUUAGAAGAACGCAGACGUUCCAUGCUUGACCAUCAUUGGGCAGUUCCUAGCAAAGAUCGAACAUUUUCCGUUGACGACGAGCAACAAGAUUCACUAAAUUCUGAUAAGAUGGAACCAGCUAAAUCAAAUGCCAUUCCCGAGGACGAAGAAGGAUCUCUAGUCAAAUUGUCGUGCCAUGAUUCUGGUAUCGAUAUCCGUGAUCCUAAUCCACCUAUUCCGGUAGUUCAGCCUAUACCAUCGAAAAAAGUGUACUCAGAUGCAGACAUUGUCUUAUCGUCAGAUUGGGUUCCUCCGAUAACGAUAGCACCAACGAAUGUUACAAGCUCGUUAGAAGCUGGUCCUACUCCUAUUAAUGGCAGAAAGAAAGCCAGCUCAGUAUCCUUUAGUUUGGAGGGUAAUGUAGAAGAACCUGAAAAGGAUGAAGAACAUAAGGAAGAUGAUAAACAAGAAACUCGAAGGAACAAGAUGUUGAAACGUCUAUCAUAUCCGUUGUCCUGGAUGGAAGGUUUAACCGGAGAAAAAGAAGAUGAAAGCAGCAAAUCCAUUUCUGACAAGGUAUCAAGCCUUCCGAACAGUGCGGAUUCCCAUCACUCUUCUGUUUUCAGCAAAGUUUUCUCAAGCUCGCCGAUCAACCUGGUGAGUGACUUUAGCUCCGGCCUGUUUGCUAAAACCCCCAGCGAAGAGAGUGGCGGUAGAGCGGGUGGAACUCCUCCGCUUACCGCCUCCUCUCUCUCUCAGGACUUCGGCAAUUUUUCACCUGGUCCAGGAGGCCUCAUCGGACGCUCUUCCGUAGGUACCUUUAUUAGACAGCAACCUUUAACAUCCUCUGGCAGCAGCAGCGUCGACAGCAGUCGAGGUAGCAAAACUUCGACAAUGGCGCCGCGAUUGGAUUAUCGCAGUAUGGUCUCGGUCGAGGAUAUGCCAGAAUUAUUUGUGAGUUUCGACAAAUUAAUUCCACGGCCUGCACGUUCUUGCGAAGAUCCACCAUUAUAUCUGAGGCUACGAACUGGAAGACCGAAGGAUAAGAAAAUACCUCGAUCAACACCAAUUAUGAGCUAUGGCAAAAAGAAAUUGCGACCCGAAUACUGGUUCAGCGUGCCACGCAACAGAGUGGACGAUCUCUAUAGGUUUAUUCACGCGUGGGUACCGAAUCUUUACGGCGAACUGGAUGAGAAUUACUGGCUGGAACGCGGUUACAUUCUGUCGGACACCGACACGGACCUGUCGCCAGAAUUAUCGCCCCACGAGAGCGGCGAAGGUGGGGAUUCCACGGAGGAAAGUAAAGCUCGUGAUGGACAAGGCGAUGACAUUACCGAGUUGACAAGGGAGUCUUGGGAGUUGAUCAAGGCCCCCUACGUAAAGCUGUACAGCAUCCUGAAGACUUCGAGCACAUCGGCCGAUUCCGAGCAGAUCCAGGAUUCGGAGGUACUGUCUAUGAGCGAAGAAGUGAGGCGAGUCCUCUACGCGAAUAGUGCCAUCUCCCUGGACAAUGACAUCAUCGUGCCCGAUCUCAUUGGCACGACAGAAAUACUCAGUGACGAGCAUAGGGAACAGCUCUGUCGUCAUCUACCCGCGAGGGCGGAAGGUUAUCAAUGGACUCUCGUCUUCAGCACCAGCCAGCACGGCUUCAGCCUCAACAGCAUGUAUCGAAAAAUGGCAAAGAUCGAGAGUCCGAUUCUGUUAGUUAUCGAGGACACCGAGGGCAACGUAUUCGGUGCAUUAACCUCGUGCGCUUUACACGUGAGCGAUCACUUUUAUGGUACCGGCGAGUCCCUGCUCUUCAGGUUUACGCCAAGGUUCCAAUGUUUCAACUGGACCGGUGAUAAUCUAUACUUUAUCAAAGGCAACAACGAAAGCUUAGCAAUCGGUGCUGGAGAUGGCAAAUUCGGACUCUGGUUGGAUGGUGACCUGUACCAAGGCAGAACGCAGUCCUGCAGUACGUACGGCAACGAUCCAUUGGCACCCCGCGAAGACUUUGUCGUCAAGACAUUGGAAUGUUGGGCAUUCAUAUAGGACACGGCCUCAUUCCCCCAACCUGUCGCUCCUUCGCCCUCACCGCAGCCUAAUUUAACCUGAACUCGUGAACCUCACGAAGGUUUCGCUCCCCCUCCCUUUGUCUAGGAGAGAUUAGAGGAAGACUAAUGAUUCUAAGAGAUUGUCAGAUAAGUUAAAUCGUAUCGAUGUUGCCACGAUAUCGAUUAUCUCGAUCGUCAUUUGGGGAAUCCUCAUUCAAUGUUAGACAGGAUGAUUCUCCCAGAAGAAGAAUGAAUCGUCAGUGUCGACACGACGGGACAACGAUGACAUUGCCUGAAGAUGGUGAAAUUGACGAGAAGCAGCCUCGAAAGGGAUGCGGACGGUAAAAAGAAAGAGGUUGUCAUCUGAAAUUAUGCAAUCGUAGCGCGUGCUAUUUACACGCAGAUUUAUAUAGGUAUCACGUAGCUACUGAUUAUCGUUAAUUGUCCCUCACUCCUCUGUCUUUUUUAAGUUUGCGUAUUUAUUCUAUUUUUUUAUAUUCUAUCGAAUGAUCUUUGCUCGUUAAUUUGAUUUUGUAAGUGGGCCGAGAGUCGAAGAAUUAUGAUUACUUUAUACGAUAAUCGUUACUUCGAACUAGUCGUGAAUUUAUGACACCUCUAACACUAAUAUAAAGAUAAUGAUGAUAAUGAUGAUGAUGGUGUUGAUGAUAAUUAAAAUGAUAAUGAUGAUAAUAAUGAUGCAGAUGAUUAUAUAAUAAUAAUAAUAAUGAUGAAAGAAUGAAAGUGUGAAUGCUUGACAACGAUAUGGAUGGUAAAUGCGCGAGGCAAGAGAUAUAUAGUGUUUGAAAGAAAAUCUAAUUUACAAUUCAACACACACGAUGAAAAUGCUAAAACUAACAGUUUGUUGAUGUGUAGAUAAUGUAGAUAGUAAAUGUAAAUAUAAAUAUAUAUAUCUAUAUAUAUAUACAUAUAUAUAUACAUACAUAUAUAUACACUAUGAUUGUAUUGCUAUGAUUGAUUUCGACGAUACAAUAGUAGAGAGAACUCUUUGCCGAACACUGUGUAGCUCGUCAUGUAUAAAGCAGAUGUUUAUUAACACGAAGAAUGUACACAACACGCAUAUAUACAUAUUACAUGCAUACACAUGGGGAUUGAUACACAGAUUACGGGAAGCGUUGCUCUCGCGCAACCGGAUGAUCUGAGAAUAUAAAAUAGUCUUAGUCAGAGAAAGAGAUACCUCGUGCUAAUCUUAUAAUGAGAGAAGAACUAGAAGGAAUCGACGGAUGAGAAGUCAAUGAUGUGCGAGUUGAAUCGAGUCGAAGCGUAUUUGUGAAUCUUGUCGUCAGUAAUUAGUAAAUGUGCUUUGGAGUCACGAGUGACUACAACGAACACACAUGCCUGUGCCUGCUUCGCUCUCUUUGUCUCCCUCCGUUAAACGUAUCACGCGAUUACUAAAGCGAAUACUUUCAAGCGUGAGUCCAUCUUACUACCAGCGUACGAAUUCCCUGAUGUAAAAAAAAGAUCGAUCGUCAUAGAGAUAGCGUAUCCCGAAACGGAUGAGAAAUCGUCGCAUUCGUUUAAAUUUAGACUGACUUUGUACGACCGUAUACACACACAUACACACAAUCGUACACUGUCCGAGCUUAUAAUCUCUAUCGCGGUAAUAUCGCGAGGAAGCGCGAGCGUUUUUCGAGAUAAUCGAACGUGUGAACUCGCUCGUCAUUAUUUAGCGCGCCUCGUCGAUUUGCAAAAAAGAAAAGGAACAAAAUUUUGUACACGCGCGAGAUCGGACGAACUCUCCUAGAACGUUAAGUCACACAAGUUAUUGUGCUGAAUUGCAAUCAUUUGAGAAGGCCCACUUGGCGCGUGCCACAUCGCGAUCCACAUCGCGACCUUGAAUGAAUCACGAUACGUUUUAUACCACGUAGACUUAAUAAUAAUACCGCCAUAUCUCUCUCUCCCCCUCCUAUAAUUACUCUAGAUAAAAUGUACUUCGCGGUCACGCGUUGUAUCAUUUCUAUAAACUUUGGAUUUCGGAUGUUCUUAAUCUUAACAAGGGCGUUCCUCUGUUGAUUGAUUGCCGUAUGACAGGGGCGCUUAACGACGACCAAGAGUGCUUAUUAUACUGAACAACACAUGUGAGCACAAUAAAAUACAAAACUUUUGAUCUAUCUUUAUCUAUUUCUCUCUCUCACAAAUACACACACACAUACAUACACACAUACCUUUUCUCCUGAUGUAAUGUCAUCAAAGAACUGAGUUCGAAAGACUGAGCAGCUGAUCUAAAAUAUCCCAAAAGAAGAAUGAUCCAAGUAUUCGCGCACUGAUUAUAAGACGAAUUAAAAGAAAAGAAGCGGCAAACAUGCAAUGAAAACCAUUGAUUGGAUCGUUGAACGGAAUAUUUGAAGAAUAAUUCUAUCUAGGAUUGAGACCGAUAUGAUUCUGAUGAAUCUUAUUUUCUGUAUUAAUGCGAAAUAGACACGACAUAGACGUUGAAAAAGUAAACUAUAUAUGCCAAUCAAAUCGUGAGAGAGAGUCCACAUAAACAGAUCAUUUUGCAUCCGCGAGAACUAACGAAAUCUUUCGAUUUAUCGAGAUUACAAUAGUCUCGAUCCUCGCGAGUUCGACGAAGCACAAACAAUAUAUUCUUACGGCUUAUUAGGGGGAUAAUUUUGAAUUUUAACCGUACUUUUUAACGUGAGACACGAUAACACGUUACAUACGAUUAGCGUUGCUUAGAGCAUAAAUUAGAGUUUAGGCGUAACCUUGUGAUAUUAAGUAAAAAAAAAGGAAAAAAAGAAUUACGCUUUCGUAAAAAGAUGAUAUGUUGAUCGCUUCGAUGGUACCACACAGUUGCACGUGCAACAUCGCAUGCGCGCGCGCGCGCACGUGCCACACGUACACAUACACACAUAUCCCUCGAGAUAGAAGUCCUUCCUCUUCCGCUUCCUUGAUUGCAAAGCGCGCGUGCGACAGCGGGAACAUUGCUCGAGAAAUCUACGGAGCAAUUUUUUUUUCACCGGGGAUUUGAAAGAGUGUGAAAGGAGUAAGUGGUAGUAUUAUAUACGCGAAAGCGAGAAAGAAGCGAAGUAUGUGCAUCUGCGACGGCAGAUAACGAUAAUGAUGAGCCAAAUGAGAUGCUUGAGAAAAAAAAAAAAAA